UCUCCCCAUCUCCCAUUAGGAAAAACCAAAGGAUCCGCAACUAAACCCUAAAACGACACCAUCCCCGCCGGCAACGCAAUAGAUAUCUCUCUAACAUCAAACAAAACGACAUUAACAACUCUCCAUUCAAAACCAAUAUUAUGAGCAGGCUUAAUGGCUCCUCCUCCUCCACCACCACCACCACCACGACCCAAGCCUGCGCCGCCUGCAAAUACCAGCGUAGAAAAUGCGCGCCUGACUGUAUUCUUGCGCCUUAUUUCCCUCACGAUCGUCAACGGCAAUUCCUGAACGCGCAUAAAUUGUUCGGCGUGAGUAACAUUACUAAAAUUAUUAAAAACCUAAACCAACCUGAUAAAGACGAAGCCAUGCGUACGAUCAUUUUUCAAUCGGAUGUCCGUGCGAAUGAUCCUGUCGGGGGUUGUUAUCGGAUUAUACGCGAACUCCAACGACAAAUCGAGUUCCAUAAAGCCGAACUCGACCUUGUUCUUCAUCAACUAGCUUUAUGUCGAGCGCAGCAACAACAGCAGCAACAGCAACAAACGCAUUUUAUGCUAGAAACCGAACAUCAUCAAGAUCCGGUUACAUCCUUAAGCUGUGAUGAUUUAGUUAAUGCUGCCGCGGAUUCUUUGGACAUUUAUGAUCCGAUGCUACAGUAUCAGUUUCCGCAAACGAAUGAAGAAGAUGAAUUUGUUGUUAUUCAAGAUAAUCAAGUGCAGUUGCAAGAAAAUGUUCAUGCAUUGUCUAUUGAAGAUUCGUCGCUAAUUUCGUCGCCGUGUUUGCAUCUUAAGCAGCCGUUUGAGGAUGAAUGUGACGAGAUUAAGCCGCUUCUUGACAUUAACGACGUUAAAUUUGAGGCGGAUGAAUUAGUUGAAAGGAAGUUUGUACCGUCUACACAGUUAGUUAUUUCAUCUUAGUUUACUGUUAUUAUUGUUAAUUGAUUAUACAUGAUACAUGCAGAUAUAUAAAAGAA